AUGGUUGGGUCCUUUGAGAAGGUAAGAGUAGAAGAGGUAAAGGCAAUGUUGGAGAAGCUGGAGAAAGCAAGUUGUUCCUCAUCAUCAGUAAACCUAAGCGAACUCUUUAUUACUCUACCAAGCGAUGUUACGAGUAGAGUUGCCUUGGGAAGAAAACAUAGCGAGGACGAAACCGCGAGGGAUCUCAAGAAACGAGUGAGGCAAAUUAUGGAACUUCUAGGCGAGUUCCCAAUUGGGGAAUAUGUCCCAUGGUUGGCAUGGAUAGAUAGAAUCCGCGGUUUCAAUGAUAAAGUGGAGAAUGAUAUGUAUAUAGGAGGAACUUCAACAACUUCUACUCUACUAGAAUGGACAAUGACGGWACUGAUUAGACAUCCCAAAUGUAUGAAGAAACUCCAAGAUGAGGUUCGGUCAAGUACUAAACCACAUACUUCUUACAUAAAAGAAGAAGAAGUUGAGAAUAUGAAAUACUUGAAAGCUGUGAUUAAGGAGGUGCUCCGGUUGCAUCCCUCUCUUCCAAUGUUAAUGCCUCGACUAUUGAGUGAAGAUGUCAAGUUAAAGGGGUAUGACAUAGCCGCAGGCACAGAGGUAAACUAA